AUGCGUUUCUCCCUCUUCGCAGCCUGCCUGGCCACUGCCGUUGCCCAAUCAAUCUCCCCACCACCAGCCUACAGCGCUCCGCCAACAACCAUCGCUACCUCAGCAACCAGCGCUCCACCUUCUACUAUCAUCUACGGCACUGGAUCUCCCGCUUCUUCAGACCCAGCCGCCAUUUCGAUUCUGCCAAUUUACCCCAUCACAACGGCAAUUUCCAACAGUACCACUCCCGCUGCAACGAGCGCCGCUUACUGUACACCAAAGAAGAACGGAACAAGCGUUGGAGCUCCCGAUACUUCCGCCGCACCUACCCGAUAUGUUGACCCCGAGACUCCUAUGGACCCGGCGGAGUAUGGAGGUGGGGCUAUGGGUAACAGUGUUGGUGUGAGCAUGUUAGCCAUCGUUGCUGCUGGCGCUUAUGCUCUGCUUUGA